AUGAUCACUUUCAUGAAGAACGAGUUGAAGAAGUUUCAGAAGCUUCUGAAGCCAAAUUGCCCAGAAUGCUCAGUGUUGGAGGUUCUUCUGAGGCUGCUGCCAGUGGUCAAAGCCUCCAACAAAGCUCUGCUGAGUGUGUGUGGUCUCUCAGAGAAAGGCUGUGGAACUCUGUCGUCAGUUCUCAGCUCCCAGUCCUCCAGUCUGACAGAACUGGACCUGAGUAACAACGACCUGCAGGACUCAGGAGUGAAGGAGCUGUGUGGUGGACUGAAGAGUCAAAACUGCAAACUGGAAACUCUCAGCCUGUCAGGAUGCCUUAUCACAGAGGAAGGCUGUGCUUCUCUGGCCUCAGCUCUGACCUCCAACCCCUCCCAUCUGAGAGAGCUGGAUCUGAGAUACAACCAUCCAGGAGACUCAGGAGUGAAGCUGCUGAUGGCUGCACUGAAGGAUCCACACAGACUCAGCAGCUGCAGCUCCAUGUUUGACCACCAGAGGCAGUCUAACCUCUCCUCUUCACUCAGGACUUUAGAGCUUUGAUGAUCCCAUGCUGCUGAUUCAGUAAUUACUAAUUCAAUAAUCCAUCAGAUUAUCAAUCAGCUUCA